UCAUCCACGCAGGUAAGCAUAAACUACCAGCCCCCGACGGUGGUGCCGGGGGGCGACCUGGCCAAGAUGCAACGAGCCGUCUGCAUGCUGAGCAACACCACCGCCAUUUCCAUUGCCUGGACCCGCAUGAACCUCAAGUUCGACAAGAUGUACGCCAAGCGGGCCUUUGUCCACUGGUACGUGGGAGAGGGUCUGGAGGAAGGAGAGUUCCAGGACGCGCGGGAGGACAUGGCGUCGCUGGAGAAGGACUACGGAGAAGUGGGCAUCGAUUCGGCGGAUCUGUACAAGAAGGCGGAAGAGGAAGAGUGAAUAUCCAGAAAGACUUGUUUAUUUUUUAUUACUAAUGUUGUGAAUAUAAACUAUGAAAUGUAAUACAUGUAAGAAAUCUAUUUUAAAUUCAAUUCGUCUUCCCUCCUAAUUAACGCUAUAAUUUCGCUUGAGACUUUGGAUUUUUAUUUCAGCGUGCGAGCAGGCCAUUCGCCCCACUGAAUUGGCGCUGACCAGCAAAGAUCC